GAGCUGGGAGCACAGAUGCUAGUGGACAGAAGUCGUCAGGAGGACUGGAAUGAAAUUGACCCGAUUAAAAAGAAAGACCUUCAUCACAGCAAUGCAGACGACAAAGCUCAAGGCGUGGAGACCCUCCCCCCAGGGAAAGUGCGGUGGCGAGACUUCAACCAGGAGGCUUACGUCGGCGGGACGAUGGUGCGCUCCGGCCAGGACCCCUACGCCCGCAACAAGUUCAACCAAGUGGAGAGUGACAAGCUGCGGAUGGACAGAGCCGUCCCUGACACCAGGCAUGACCAGUGCCAGCGGAAGCAGUGGCGGGUGGAUCUGCCAGCCACCAGCGUGGUGAUAACGUUUCACAAUGAAGCCAGGUCGGCCUUGCUGAGGACAGUGGUCAGUGUGCUUAAGAAAAGCCCGCCCCACCUCAUAAAAGAAAUCAUCUUGGUGGACGACUACAGCAAUGACCCCGAAGACGGGGCCCUCUUGGGGAAAAUUGAGAAAGUGCGGGUUCUCAGAAACGAUCGGCGAGAAGGCCUGAUGCGCUCGCGGGUGCGGGGGGCCGACGCGGCCCAGGCCAAGGUGCUGACGUUCCUGGACAGCCACUGUGAGUGCAACGAGCACUGGCUGGAGCCCCUCCUGGAGAGGGUGGCUGAGGACAGGACCCGCGUGGUGUCCCCUAUCAUCGAUGUCAUCAACAUGGACAACUUCCAGUACGUGGGAGCAUCCGCGGACUUAAAGGGCGGUUUUGACUGGAACUUGGUGUUCAAAUGGGAUUACAUGACACCUGAGCAGAGAAGAUCCCGGCAAGGGAACCCGGUCGCCCCCAUAAAAACCCCUAUGAUUGCUGGAGGGUUGUUCGUGAUGGAUAAGUUCUAUUUUGAAGAACUGGGGAAGUACGACAUGAUGAUGGAUGUGUGGGGAGGAGAGAACCUGGAGAUCUCGUUCCGUGUGUGGCAGUGUGGCGGCAGCCUGGAGAUCAUCCCCUGUAGCCGUGUGGGACACGUGUUCCGGAAGCAGCACCCCUACACCUUCCCAGGCGGCAGCGGCACCGUCUUUGCCCGUAACACCCGCCGGGCAGCAGAGGUCUGGAUGGACGAGUACAAAAAUUUCUAUUAUGCAGCCGUGCCUUCUGCCAGAAACGUCCCUUACGGAAAUAUCCAGAGCCGGCUGGAGCUCAGGAAGAAGCUUGGCUGCAAGCCUUUCAAAUGGUACCUUGAAAACGUCUACCCAGAGUUAAGGGUUCCCGACCACCAGGAUAUAGCUUUCGGGGCCUUGCAGCAGGGAACCAACUGCCUGGACACUCUGGGACAUUUUGCUGACGGUGUUGUUGGAGUUUACGAGUGCCACAAUGCCGGGGGCAACCAGGAGUGGGCCUUGACGAAGGAGAAGUCAGUGAAGCACAUGGACUUGUGCCUGACCGUGGUGGACCGGGCGCCCGGCUCGCUCAUCAAGCUGCAGGGCUGCCGAGAGAACGACAGCAGACAGAAAUGGGAGCAGAUCGAGGGCAAUUCCAAGCUGCGGCACGUGGGCAGCAACCUGUGCCUGGACAGCCGCUCGGCCAAGAACGGGGGCCUGAGCGUGGAGGUGUGCGGCCCGGCGCUGUCGCAGCAGUGGAAGUUCUCGCUCAACCUGCAGCCCUAGGAGAGCGCGGGGCCGCGCGUCCCCCCGCGCCGUCGGGCCGAGGCGGCGUUCACGUCCUU